CCUGGCAGCAGCAAGAGGAGGGCGGUACAGGGGCCCAUGGCAGAGUGGCGAAGCGUAAGCAGCUAAAAUUGAAGGCCAUACAGAGGCCUAUGAAUAAAAAAGUCCCCCCCAGCAGCAGUGUGGGGAGACGACUAUCAAGAGUCCAAUGGCAGAGUGGCGGAGCAGAAGCAGCUUCAAUUGAAGGCCCCAUACACAGGCCUAGGUUAAAAAGACCCCCCAGCAGCAGCGUGGGGAGAUGACUAUCAAGAACAGCGUGGGGAGACGACUAACAAGAGUCCAAUGGCAGAGUGGCGGAGCGGAAGCAG